AUUGUAUUUUCAUAUAAUGAUUUUCCCUGAAUUUAUUCUUUGACAGUGACAUUUCUAUUGGUUUUAUAUUCUAGAUCUGCUAUUGCAAUAAUUAUUUAUCAUUUUUAAUAAAUAUAAGGGAAACUUUUACAGAUCUAAGACACAGGAUCAGGAUUGACUUUGAACAGAACUGGAUGAAUGUAAACUGACCAUUUCUAUCCCUUUUUCUUUCCUGUAGGCUAAACAUGUUCUCCAAGGGCACCAAGCGUAAGUUUUCCGAUGGUGAUGAGACAUCCGACGAAAGCCUGGUAGGUGCCAGGGUGGCAUCUUCAUACAGCUUGCAACGGCAGUCACUGCUGGACAUGUCCCUCAUUAAGCUGCAGUUAUGCCACAUGCUGGUGGAGCCCAACCUAUGCCGCUCGGUCCUCAUUGCCAACACGGUCAGGCAGAUUCAGGAGGAGAUGACCCAUGAUGGCAGCUGGCAUAUGGUUGCUGAAGCGUUCUGCAGUGCAGGCCAAAGUCCCUCUGAGCGUUUGGUGGCCACUGAGGUCCUUUGCAGAUCAAGAGAGCAGGAUGCAGAACCUAAGCUCUUCUCUGUCAUCAGCUAUGAAGGUUGCCGUGAAGAGGAGGUGGUAGCUGAUGAGACGCUGUGCUCAGUUUCAGUUAGCGAUACAGUCUCCAAUGUGUGCCUGACAGGGCGUAUGGGCCAGUGCUGGGAGAAGAGUGAGCUCAGAGGUGUAGAGAGGGAUGAAGAGGCCCUUGAAGACUCUAGUCUUGGUUCAGGAGAAGAUGAGGAGAUAGACACAGAGGACGAGGCUUCCACAGAGAGUCCAAAGACCAUUGGGCAAGUGUUUGGUACAUUUGAAAUAAAAAACAGUUCCCCAGGGCCAGACUCUGCUCUUGAGGAGCUGUUCUCAGAUGUGGACACCUCCUACUAUGAUCUGGACACCAUGCUGACCGGCAUACAGAGCGCACCCAAGAUGGGCCCUUAUGACCUCCUUGACAGCUUGGCAACUUCACAUAGUUCCCCUUCAAUAGUGUCCACCCCAAACUGUCGUUCUGAUCUCAAUGAACUGGAUCACAUAAUGGAAAUCAUUGUGGGUUCAUAGGCUUGAAAUUAUUCAGAGACUUACACACUUGUCUUAAAGUUACUGGCUUUUCUGUUCCUUAUGGAAAGCAAGUAAAGUCUGGAGUCCUUUCAGGGAAAACAGUUGAUGAUAUCUUUUGAAGGAUAGCCUUGAUUUUAUGAGCUGACCAUAGUCAUCUUAUUUGCAUACCCUUUGUAUGUUUUAAUGUUUUUUUCUCUGUAUUUGUCUGUCCAGACAUGCUGAUUUUUAUUUAAUUUAUUUGUUAUACUCAUGACACUAUGGAGAGCAGAACAAGAUGUAUACAAAAGUUGUUAAGUUUGGGAUAUUUUCGUAAGGAGGAAAAAAGAUUGUCUAAAUGUAUAUAAAUAUAUAUUUUUACAAUAGAUUCUUCUUGUAAUAUGUCACUGUACAUUAUGUACAUGUUCUACAAAUUGAUUUUAACCCAAGAUAUUAGAUUCUUAUGUGCAACAACUCAAGUUUUCUGUUUAUCAAAAUCCAUAAACUGAAGGAACUUAAUUCAGUACUACAGUUAUACAGAAGUCACCAAGUAUACAGUGAUGCAAGUUUUACAUUUAUGUGCUCAUUUGCACAAAGUAUUUUUUUUUUUAAUCAAGGUUUGAUUGCAGUUGGCUGUUCAGCUCAGCCUUAGGUUAUGUUUGCUGUUAGACAUCAAAGUUCUUUUAUUUUGUUUUAUCAACAAAUGAAGUAUAAUGGGGCCAACUCAUUUUAUAUUGUGACUUAAUUUAUUUAAUUUAUUUACUGCAAAUGGUGAGUUUUGGCUGUGGUCAAGCUCAGGGUGGCUUUUUAACUCUAGAGGAGUUAACAGGCCUGAUUCACAAAUGCCUCUUGCUCAUUGUAAAUCAGUCAAAGAAUUAGUGCUUUAAGCUGUUUUAAUAUUAGUGAAUGGCUCAAGUGUAUCUGUCUAUUAGUCCUCUAGACCCCACAUAAUGAGAAGGCAUUUUGUCUAGUUCUAUGCAUUGAGUGUCAUAACACACUUUAUACGCAUUAAGUGUUUAAAAUGCAUUUAUUACAGUAUUCCUUUUUUUACAAUUAAGAAUCAAUCAACAAGAGACGGUUUUAUUUUGUUCAACAUUUCCCCCUCAGUUGUUACAUAUAUAUUAUUUGGUUUUAUCUAAAGUAAAUUUUUGCAUAAAUAAUAUUUGUGCAAAUUAUAGGUUAUUACACUUUGAUAAUUGUUUUCUUCUACAUUGUCUCACACACUUAAAUUCGAAGAGGAUGUUGUUUAUUGUAUGAUCCUAAACUAGUAUAGUGUAUAAACCUUUUAUAUGAGCACUGUAGCUUUUUUAACGUUUUUUAAUAAAAGGUACAACUUAUGAAAACAAA